AUGUACGUGUCGGUUAAUAUUGUAGCCUUUGGGAACGAAAGAGAUGGCUUUUCUGAGGACAACCAGCAGGCCUGUCUGAUCUGGAGCUAUCUCGGGAGGAGUGCUCUCAUUUCCCACAUCAACAGCAGCUUGUCUGUCAGUCACAUUGGAAACCCAAUUUUCACCAAGUACCAAGCAUGCGUGUUUGGGAAUGUCAGGCUGGUGGUGCACGACUUUCCUCUGUGGGAUAUAUUUGACAGCGACUGGUACACCUCUCGCAGUCUCAUCGGAGGAGCUGAUAUUGUUGUGAUUAAAUACUCUGUCAAUGACAAGACUUCAUUUCAAGAACUUAAGGACACUUAUGCCCCAAUGAUAAAAAAAACCUUAAACCACUCUUCAGUUCCAGUAAUAAUUUCUGCUGUCGGUGCAAGAAAAAACGGAGUGCCUUGCACCUGCCCCUUGUGCACAUUGGACAGGAGGAGCUGUGUCACUACCUCCGAGGGAGUCCAGCUGGCCAAGGACCUCAGAGCCACGUACCUGGAACUGCACACUCUUAAUGACUUCUACAUACAGAAGUACUUUGGAGGAGUGCUGGAAUAUUUUAUGAUCCAACGUUUGAAUCAGAAGUCAUCUGAAAAAAUGAAGAAAAGGAGAAAGACGCAGAAGUGCCACCGAGUUCAACCACCUCAGCUCGAACAGCCAGAAAAAAUGCCAAUCUUAAAGGGCGAAGCCUCUCACUACGACACCGACCUGCACAACCUGCUGUGCUGCUGCCAGUGCGCGGAUGUGGCAUUUUACGCCGAGGACCUCAGCACGGUGGUGGAGGCUCACAAGGUCAUCCUGUGUGCCGUGAGCCACCUCUUCAUGUUGCUGUUCAAGGUGAAGAGCCCUGCCGACAUCCGCGAUGCCUCCAUCCUGUGCACGGCACAGAGCCUCUUCACCGUGGAGAUGGAGGAUGCCGUCCUCCCACUGCCUCAUGGCAUCCCCCGCUGUGUCCCACCUGUGAGGGUGUUGGUGAAGGACUCUGUCUUCUGCUCUUGUCUGCUGGACAUCCUCCACUUCAUCUACUCAG